AUGGAGUGGAAACUGGAGCGCACCGCGCCUCGGAGGGUCCGCACCCAAGAGGAGAUGCUGUGGGAAAGUAUCAUGCGUGUGCUCUCCAAAGAACUGAAGCAGAAGAAAAGUCAAGGCUCCGCCAAGGUAUUUGAUUCAGUUAAUGCUACGUAUUCUGACUUUAAGAGUAACUUUGCGAAGAGGUUGUCCGCGGAGAUUCCUGUUGCGAGUAGCCCCAUUACCACAAGGUGGAGGCAAAGUCAAACUAGGGCUUUGUCCUCUGAUUCCUUUGGGGAAGAGCAGUCAACCACCUACCUCCCAGAAGCUUCCGGAUCAGUGCUGAAGACAACGCCUGAGAAAGAAACCUUGACUCUAGGAUCCUGCAAAGAACCACCGAAAACCCCCAGCAAAGGAAUUUCUGAAACAAGUAACUCUGCUCUCCAUUUUUGCAAGGCACCUCAUGCAAUGGACAGAGACUGGAAAGAAAAUGUUGCCUCAAAAGGGCAGAAAUGCCUAAAACAACUCUUUGUAACCCAGAAGGUGGUUCAGCAGGCUAAUGGAAAAAUGCAGCUCUGUGAGCAAUCCCAGUGUGUUUGGAAAGGCUGCAAAGAUGGAGUCAAAGAUAAAUCCUUCCAUCUUAAAAGGUCCAGUGAUAUGAACAAUUCCAUACUCCAACCAGAGGUGAAGAUUCAUCUUACUGGUCUUCGAAAUGACUACUAUCUGAAUAUCCUAGACUGGAGUUUUCAGAAUCUUGUUGCCAUAGCCCUGGGCUCUGCUGUAUACAUCUGGAAUGGGGAGAACCGCAAUGGGAUUGAAACCAUAGACUUAAGUCUCACUUGUAACUAUAUCUCUUCUGUGUCCUGGAUGAAAGAGGGAACUUGCCUGGCAGUUGGCACCAGCGAGGGAGAAGUGCAAUUAUGGGAUGUGGUAACUAAAAAGCGACUGAGAAAUAUGCUUGGUCAUUUGUCAGUAGUUGGGGCUCUGAGCUGGAAUCACUUUAUCCUCAGCAGUGGGUCAAGACUGGGGCGUGUUUAUCAUCAUGAUGUUCGGGUAGCCCAGCAUCAUGUUGGAACACUUCGCCACAAGCAAGCUGUGUGUGCUCUGAAGUGGUCACCGGAUGGCAGGCUGCUUUCCAGCGGCUGCAGUGAUGGACUGCUGACAAUAUGGCCCCACGACCCAGGUGCCAGUGCACAGGGCCAACCGCUGAAAGUCAUACCCCAGUCUACAGCAGUCAAGGCCAUGGAUUGGUCCUGGCAGUCUGGGGUCCUUGCCAUUGGAGGAGGAAUGAAGGAUGGAUGCUUACACAUCUUGGAUAUAAAUGCUGGGAAGAGCAUACAGACCCCAAGCACAAACUCACAGAUUUGUUCCUUAAUCUGGCUGCCUAAGACAAAGGAGAUUGCAACUGGCCUAGGUACUCCCAAGAAUGAUGUGACUGUGUGGACCUGUCCCACUGUGUCCAGGUCUGGUGGGUUUUUUGGCCACAGGGGCAGAGUGCUGCACCUGGCUUUGAGUCCAGACCAGACCCGGGUGUUUUCUGCUGCAGCUGACGGGACGGCCUCUGUAUGGAAUUGCUACUAG